CGCGCGACGGGAAGUGUGCGGCGUCUCGCAAGACUUCUGCUUCUGACCAAGAUGGAGUAACAGGGAGUGGAUUUAUCUUCUUGCCAAAACAACUCAACAACAAAAAGGCAAAGUACAUGAAACAAUUGUUUGAAGACACUGGAUGUCAGACAAUGCAGGACAGUCAUCCCUGUGAGAUGGAAAGCCAACGAGCAGCACACGUUACCAGAAAUGUUAAAAGAUGUCCUUCAGGGAUAAAGGAAAUGAAACCAAAUGGGAAUCAAUCUCUACAAGAAAGAAUGACAGGCACUGCCAAGUACACAAAUAAAGCUUUGUCUUCUCGGAUCUCUCAUUACUCAAGAAAGCAUCAGCAAGCACGCAGGGGGCAUGGAAGCCAAGCCACUCACUGCCCGGUUCCCCGCACUGGUGACCUUCAAGGAUGUACUUGUGAACUUCACCAGGGAGGAGUGGAAGCUCCUGGACGCUGCACAGCAGGUCAUGUACAGAGAUGUGAUGUUGGAGAACUAUAGGAAUCUGGUUUCCUUGGGACAUCACCUUCCGAAGCCAAAUGUGAUCCUCCAGUUGGAAAAAGGGGAAGAGCCAUGGCUGUUGGAGAGAGGAACUCACCAAGAUGCCCAUCCAGAUUGUGAUACUGGAGUUGAAAUUAAAUCAAUUUCCAAGAAGAGCAUUUCUAAAGAUAAACAAUCCCAUGACAUUAAAAAGGAAGGAAUUGCAAAGAGUGAUCUGUGGUAUCUGUCAUUAGAAGAAGUCUGGAAAUGUGAAGAUCAGUUGGACAAGUAUCAGAAAAACCAGGAGAGACAUUUGAGGCAAGUCGCAUUUACCCAGAAGAAAGUAUUUUCUCCAGAAAGAGUCAGUGAACGUGGUAAAUUCAGGGAAAACUGUCUUCUUCCUAGUCAACUAGAACUGAGAGACUAUUUCCAUAAACAAGACUCAUGUACUAAAAGUUCAAAAGGUGAUUUAGUUAUUAGUGGUCAUCAGGAAAGCUCUGCAAGUAACAGUAGUGAAUGUGGCCAAACCUUCUGUCGGAACAUUCACCGUAUCCAAUUUGCAAAAACUCAAACAGGAGAUAAGUCCUACAAAUGCCCCGAGAAUGAUAACUCUCACAGACAUGGCAUAUCCCAUGGUAUAUCCAAGGGCAUACAUAGAGAGAAACCUUAUGAAUGUAAGGAAUGUGGAAAAUUCUUCAGCUGGCGUUCUAAUCUUACGAGGCACCGGCUUAUUCAUACUGGAGAAAAACCCUAUGAAUGUAAAGAAUGUGGAAAAUCUUUUAGCCGUAGUUCUCACCUCAUUGGACAUCAAAAGACUCACACUGGUGAGGAACCCUAUGAAUGUAAAGAAUGUGGAAAAUCCUUCAGCUGGUUCUCUCACCUUGUUACCCAUCAGAGAACUCAUACGGGAGACAAACUCUACACAUGUAAUCAGUGUGGGAAGUCUUUUGUUCAUAGCUCCAGGCUUAUUAGGCACCAGAGAACUCAUACUGGAGAAAAACCUUAUGAAUGUUCUGAAUGUGGGAAAUCUUUCAGACAGAGCACGCAUCUCAUUUUGCAUCAGAGAACGCAUGUUCGAGUGAGGCCCUAUGAAUGUAAUGAAUGUGGGAAGUCUUAUAGCCAGAGAUCUCACCUCGUUGUGCAUCAUAGAACUCACUCUGGACUGAAACCCUUUGAGUGUAAAGAUUGUGGAAAAUGCUUUAGUCGAAGUUCUCACCUUUUCUCACACCAGAGAACCCACACUGGAGAGAAACCAUACGAAUGUCGUGAUUGUGGAAAAUUCUUCAGCCAGAGUUCUGCCCUCAUUGUGCAUCAGAGAAUUCAUACUGGGGAGAAACCAUAUGAAUGUUGUCAAUGUAAGAAAGCCUUCAUUCGGAAGAAUGAUCUUAUUAAGCAUCAGAGGAUCCAUAUUGGAGAAGAGACUUAUAAAUGUAAUGGGUGCGGAAUUACCUUCGUCCAGAACUCUCCAUUUAUAGUACAUCAGAUAGGUCACACUGGAGAGCAGUUCCUAACCUGUAAUCGGUGUGGGACAGCACUUGUUAAUAGCCCUAACCUUAUUAGAUACCAGACAAGUGGUAUUAGAGAAAGUACAUAUUAGUAUAAUGAAUAUGAAAAACUUUUCACAAAGAACAGUAACAGCUUUGGAGAACUCUCUGGAGAGAAGCUGUACCUAUGUAAUCCAUGUGGAAAGGCUUUCAGUCUUGUACUAUUCUUUAUUUUUUUGCACUAGAGAAUUGGUCUUGGAGGGGGUAAAACCCCACAUAUUUUACUUUCGUACACAAAUACUUGAGAUUUUCUUCUUUCCACAAAGUUCUAUGUAAGUAAUUGGCAUGGGAGCAUUUUUGACCAAGUUUUAAGUGCUAAAAUCUGAGAAGGAGCCAUUAAGUAGAUGAGUUGUUGAGAGAUGAUCCUGCUUUCUUCUUUUUAAAAAAUAAUGAUCCCGGCUGGUGAGGCUCAGUGGUUGAGCAUUGACCCAUGAACCAGGAAGUCACUGGUUCAAUUCCUGGCCCAGCAUGUGUUGAGGUUUAGAUCACCAGUUGGGGGUGGGUAUGUGGUGGGGGCAGCUGAUUGACGUUUCUCUCAUCAUUGUUCUAUCUCUCCCUUCCCUUUCUCUAAAAUAAAAAAUAUAUAUAUGUAAUAGAUAAGUAUAUAAAUAAAUAACGCUACUUAAAAAAGAUAAAUGAGAGUUGUUGCUGAGAAUAGAACAUGGAUAGUUAUUAUAACAAGUUGGAAAAUAAUAUUUCAAUGAAUUAAUACACUAUUUUUACACGAUUAUCCCUCUUGGAUACUUAAAUGUUGUUUAGUCUGUUUUAUGUGUCUAAUAUAAGCACAUUUUGGUUAGCUAGGAAAAUGUUUAUAAUGGAAACAACACAUUUAC